AAUGUUUAUUUCACCUCCAUCGGUGCUAGGGCUGAAGCCUUAUUUCCGGUACUGGAAGUGGUUUAACAGGGACGAAAGACUAUCAUACAGAUACACCCCUGCCAUGAUCAGCAGACUUCCCAAGCAUUACCUGGACAGUUUGGACCCUAAGACACCAACACCUGUCCACUACAAGGAAGAACAGGGAAAGUGGAAAAUACACCCCAAAUCUGGAGAGAGACAGAAAGUACAGAACAUCCCUCUGCCCUUCUACCCCAGCAGGGCGUAUGACACGGGAUUGUGGGGAGGGGAAGGCUUGAUCCAAGGUUUCCGCAGGAAGAACGACGAUAAGAUGAAACCCAAAGUGAAGCACAUGUGGCGUCCACAGCUGAUUGAACGGCACUUGUACAGUGAAAUUCUGGACAAGACGAUAACUACAACUGUCACAUCAAGAACAUUAAAUCUCAUUGAUGAGGCCUAUGGGUUUGACCAUUAUAUCCUUAAGACUUCCCAGGAAGACCUGAACUCUCAGCUGGGUAUGGAUCUGAAGAGAGCCAUGUUGAUCAAGCUGGUGAGAAAAGACACAGACCUCUACCCAAAUGAUCCAGAGAAAAGGGAGAGGAUAUACAACAAAUACAAGGACUAUGUUAUACCUGAGGAGGAGGCUGAGUGGGUGGGGCUCCGACUGAAGAUGGCCAUCUUUAAGAUGCAGCAUGAGGAAUACAAGCCUCCUGUACCCCUGAUGGAAAAGUACAGGAGACAACUUAUUGCAGACCUCAAAGACCGAUCCAAAAGGGAAAAAGUGGGUCAGGAGCCUGCAGUAUUCAUGCCUGGGGCUGGGGGUCCACAACAACUGGAUACCAAACAGGAGGAAGAAGGAUCUUGGUCUUCUUGGUUAAAACCUUCAAAAUCCAAAGAAGCAGAGUCACUGAAAAAGACUGGUGAUAGAUAAAUAUUACACGUACAUGUAAGCUUGCAACAUAUUUUUCCUUUGUAAACAUCAUAGACACAUACAUGAACUUCAGCAUGAAAGACAAAACUUUUUUCCAGAAUUACCAAGCUGAAUGCAAUAAAAUAAAAAUCCAUCAGACUGUGA